GUCGCUUUCCCUCUUCCGUCCUCGCUCGUUAUCCCUCCCAGGUGAAGAGAACAAGGAGCUGCAAAGGGGGAGCGAAGAGGAGCGCCGCCCAGUGGCCGGUGCGGGCGCAGCGGCGAGUUCCCCGACGGGCCCUCGCUCUCCAACGCGGCGCCCUCCUCUGCGGGGUGGUCCCAGCCGGCUUGCGGGGCGCCGGGAUCGCGGCCUCGAGGUAGCAAGGCAUGGGCGGCUUGCAAUAGGCUCCCUCCGCCGCCCCCGCGCCAGGCUCGUGCGCCCCGAUAGGAGGCGCCGCGCUUUCGGCACCCGCGGGAUCUCUCCGGGGGCGAAGACGCGGCGGCGGCAGGAGGAACCCACAGGCAGGCGCCGGCUCCCGCCAGGGAGAGGUGAACCAUGGAGGCCAUUUGGCUCUACCAGUUCCGCCUGAUCGUCAUCGGGGACUCCACGGUGGGCAAAUCCUGCCUCAUCCGCCGCUUCACCGAAGGGCGCUUCGCUCAAAUCUCCGACCCCACCGUGGGGGUGGAUUUCUUCUCCCGCUUGGUGGAGAUCGAGCCGGGCAAAAGGAUCAAGCUGCAGAUCUGGGACACCGCCGGGCAGGAAAGGUUCAGAUCGAUCACCAGAGCCUACUACAGGAAUUCAGUUGGUGGUCUUCUCCUAUUUGACAUUACAAACCGCAGAUCCUUUCAGAACGUUCACGAGUGGCUAGAGGAGACCAAAGCUCACGUCCAGCCCUACCAGAUCGUCUUUGUUCUGGUGGGUCACAAGUGUGACCUUGACACUCAGAGGCAAGUCACCAGGCACGAGGCUGAAAAGCUGGCCCUCGCGUAUGGCAUGAAGUACAUUGAAACCUCCGCCCGGGACGCCAUUAACGUGGAGAAGGCUUUCACCGACCUGACUCGAGACAUAUACGAGCUUGUUAAGAGGGGGGAAAUUACCAUCCAGGAGGGCUGGGAAGGGGUGAAGAGUGGGUUUGUCCCAAAUGUAGUGCACUCCUCGGAAGAGGUGGUUAAAUCAGAUCGGAGAUGCCUGUGCUAAUUGCUAAAUGAGCGCAAGGAGAAAUGAGACUGAACUUUACUAACCAAACAUACCCUGCUAUACAAAUUUGGUAUGGCAGAAGGGAAUGUAACAGCAGUAUGGCACACACCAAUGCCAGGUGCUUUGGACCUCCGAAGAAUAGAAUCGCGAGGGGCUGUAACUCCUCUGUUAUGUAGGAAUGAACCCAGAUGCAUGCUUAUAUUGUAGGAGACGAGGCAAUGUGAGACAGAAAAGAACCAAUAGGGGUAGUAAAUAUCAGGGAAUUUUACGCACCCUGUUUUCAAUAAAUGUCACCAGUCCUUUGCGUUGAAGCCUAUUAACAUGAAAUUAAUAUUCAGAGGAGGAGAAAGAAAAAUCUUGGCUUAUGUCAAUAUUAUAUUUUUAGGAGGAUUUAAACAACACAGCUGCCAUUCUUUUUACGAGACCUUGAGGACGAAUACAAAAAGCUGGAAAACCUAUUUACAGAGAAGGCAUAGAUGCUUAUGCCUGUGUAAUCGUGCUACAAUAGAAUCCAAAUCUCUUUGAAAGGAAAGGGGAAAAUCUUAGAUCAUUGGUAGGGCUAUUAAAAUGCAGCGCAAUGCAUAAAACGUAUUGAUACUUUCCUUCAUCCGGCCAAUCUCGAUGGCUCCAAUUCCAGUCAUUUGAUGGAUCAACUGGUUUCUUCUGUUUCUUUAGUACUGAACCCAGAAAUGCCACUACAGGCUGAAUUUGCUCAAAAUUCUGUUAUGUGCAGUGGAGAAAUUCUCAGCCAUAUGCAGUCAUACAAUGUUUUUUACAUGGGCAAUUAUUAUACUGUAAUGCAAAUAGGGAUGUAGCCCUCCCAGCAAGAUCAAGCUGUCUUGGGCAAUUUAAGGCAAUUUUAAAUACAAGAGCCCCAACAAAUAAGGAGGGGGACACCCACAUCCACAUGGAAAGCACCAACUUUUCCCAAAGAGCAGAUUUUGCUUUUCCUUUAUUUUUAAAGCUGGUUCAAAAGGAGUAACUGAAGGU